UAAAAUUCGUAUACCGAAUUAUACGUAGUUUUAAUUUUAAUGUGUGAGUGACAUGAAACAAUGUUCGGAGGUUAAAUAUGAUCGGGCAUCUAUCCUAGCCAGUUAUUAUACGAAAAGAAAAAGAGUUCAAGAAUCGGUAUGCGUGUAUGCCUUUUUUGUGCUCAUAAUUUACAAUGCCUUCUGCCUCCUGGUGAAAUUUCAAUUCGUGUAUUUACAUAGAAUCAUCAUUUCUAUAAUUCUAGCAUCCUUACUUGCAGAUUUCGGAAGCGGGAUAAUUCACUGGGCAUUCGACACCUGGGGCAAUAUGGACUCAACUUUUGGGAAGGCGUUCAUUAGAUCCUUCAGGCAACAUCACAUAGAUCCGACAUCGAUAACCAAGCACGAUUUUAUAGAAACAAAUGGGGACAAUUGCGCCCUGACCAUUCCCCUACUCUUUUAUUUAGCCUUGAAAUCUUUUCCCGGUCAAAAAUCGUCGGAUUAUCACUCUUACGGGCAAGAUUUUUUCCUGUUGAUUAUAUCGCUCUAUGCCGCUUUGACAAACCAGAUACACAAAUGGUCCCAUACUUAUCACGGUUUACCGAAACUCGUUGUCAUACUUCAGAGAUUUAAAAUUAUUUUACCGCCUUCGCAUCACAGGACUCAUCAUAUUAUGCCUCACGAUUGUUAUUAUUGCAUAACUACGGGUUGGCUCAAUAGGCCACUGGAGUUUAUGAAUUUUUGGAGAACUUUAGAAUCUGUUGUGACCAACCUGACAGGAUAUAGGGCCAGAAUGGAUGACGCCAAAUGGUCGAAAAAAGUUCAGAAUUAAAAAUAGCUGAAUUGUGUCAUUUGACAAAAGAGAGAAAAAAUAAAAUGUAAUUUUAUUAAUGGUUA